AUGGCGGAAGAGAACCGAGUUGAUAUCUCCGAAGAAGUCAACCCAAAGGUCCCGGCUUUUUCUCAACCGCCCCCGACACACGCUCCGCCGCCUCCGACUUCUGCAGGCAUACUUCCGACAUAUUCAGGUGCCCCUCCGACGCAUCUCCCGCCCCCGACGUCUUCAGGGGUGCCCCUUCCACCAGUCUCACUGACAUCAUCCGCCUCCGAUGACCAAGCCCGCAUCACGGCACUCGAGGGCACGGUUAACCAAUCGGCUGCGAGCAUGGCCGCCAACAUGGCGGAACUGUUCGCUCUACUUAGAGGGCCGAACUGUGCAUCCUCAAGCUCCACACCUCCACCGAGACAAGGGCCAACAGUCGAUCUGAUCCCUUGGGUUCCGUCAACUCAAGUCCCGGAAAACAUUGAUGCGCCCGCGCCACCAACACUGCAUACGUCCAUGGCUCACCCCUUCACCAGUCCAUUUCCGCCGCCACCGGCCCCCACGGCCAUCCCUCUUCCACCGGCGGCGUUCCUCACUUCAGAUCAGGUCCUAUCCGCGCCGCCACCUGUUUCCAUGCCUGCCCCAGCUGCGGCCUAUACAGUCCCUCCGCCGAUGGUUUUUCCGGCAUCAAGUGCACCUGCUCCGACUCACCCUCAAGCCACGGAACUUCCUCCAUACCCACCUCUACAAACCCACACCAACUUCUCCUACCAAGCACCACCCCCUAUAAACACCACCUUCCUCGAACCAGGCACGCCGACUCACGCGGCCCAGGCCGCCUCACCAACGCACUUUUUCCCCGAGGCCGACGCCGAACAGGAACGUAGACUGAAGCGAAUGGAAGAGACGAUACGAGCCCUACAAGCAAGUGAUACUCGACCUAAUGCGCGCUACGGUGACUGUAGUCUUUUCCCAGGCAUGCGGCUGCCCUCGAAAUUCAAGAUCCCGGAGUUCAAGACCUACGAAGGCUCGAAUUUUGACCCGUCCGUUCAAGAUCAGUCUAAGCGCUGCGAGUAUCAUCAAGGCGCACCGGGGCAUACUCUCGAUAAUUGUUGGAGGUUACGAGACGAGAUCCAGAAGAGGAUCGACAGCAACAGGCUCACCUUCAACGCCGUCAGGCCCCCAAAUGUGCAGGCCAACCCCCUCCCUGAUCAUGGGCCGAGUUCGGGGCCCUCUAUCAACAUGAUCACCAUAUGCACCUCGGGGAGGGAUGAGGACGCACAAAACAACCCCCUUCCCUUCGUGAUCGACUACACUCCCGAGGAACCCAUGGUCGGAUUCGCGAGACACAUGGCCUCGCCGACCCCAUUCGUCGUAGACAUCCCCGCUCGGGAAUCGUACUCAGAUAACAAGGUCCCCUGGACCUAUGAAGGAGGCAUCGGGAAUGUCGAGCAACAAUUUAGUGUCAUGGGUGUGACACGGUCGGGACGAGUGUACGAGAACCCGGCAAUCAGGGACAAAGAGAAGGCGCCCGCCACUGAAGUUAGGGCAGUGCCUGAAAUCUCGCCUUUUCCAUCCAUGAGGGUAACCGAAGAGGAAGCCGAAGCAUUUAUGAAGGUCAUAAAGGCGAGCGAGUACAAAGUAGUCGAGCAAAUGGCCAAGUCCCCGGCUCACAUCUCACUACUUGCUCUCCUCCUCAAUUCAGAACCUCAUCGGGAGGCCCUCCUGCGGGUAUUGACCGCAGCACAGGUCCCGAAGGAAACGCCUCCUGAUAGGAUAGAGGAGACCGUCGGUUCCAUCUUCUCCAAUACCAUCUCGUUCUCGGACGACGAGCUCCCGUCCGAAGGCUGGACACAUUCGCGGGCAUUGCACAUUGUCCGCAAAUGUAACAACUACAUCAUCGGCUGGGUCAUGAUCGAUAACGGUUCCGCGCUCAACGUUUGCCCGAUAACCACCUUGAAGUAG